UCGGUCGGUCCGAUGGGCGGGGUCGCGCAUGCGCAUUGCGCCUUAGCAACCUGGGAGCGCCGGGCUGCGGUUCGGCUGGCGGCUGGGUGCGCGAUGGCGGAAGCUGGCGCCGGCGAUUGCGGCUCGGCCGAUGCCGAGAGGCAGGGCAGCCGGAAUGUGCCCGGGCGGGUGACGCCGCCGCGAUCGAUGGACCAAAUUAGUGAGCAAAUCAUGCGUACAGGGGAAACACUUUUACGUGGAUUUAUUGUGGAUCGAGCAAAUAGAGGGAUUGAUGGUUGCGAAAUGCAUUUAACCGUCACCGAGCUUGGUGGUCGAGAGGAUGAACUGCGUAACCCUGAUGUGAAGCGCCUUGCUGUCUGCCUGAGACAGAUUGGGGAUGAGCUCGAUAGCAAUGUAGAAUUGCAAAGGAUGAUCGAUGGCAUUAGCAGCCAAUGUCCAAAGGAGACAUUCUUCAAAGUGGCCAAGGAGCAGUUUGCUGAUGGAGUCAUCAACUGGGGGAGAGUGGUGACACUCUUUUACUUUGCCUGCAAACUUGUUGUGAAGGCCCUGUGCCAGAAGAUUCCAGAGAUGAUCCAAACUAUAAUUAGUUGGACUAUGGAAUACAUCCAGGAGCACAUUCUACGUUGGAUUCGUGACCUUGGGGGUUGGGAGGCUCUGCUGGGCACCCCCACCUGGCAAACCAUUGCCAUCUUUGGCCUGGGAGUCCUCACCACUUUGGCUGUGGUACGAUGGAAAUCUUCCUAAAGCAGCGUGUGGAGCCCAGGGGGGUAGCAGAGGCAAGUGUGCUGGUGUGACUGGACACUGUUCAGAGUGGCUUCAAGCUGCCAUGGACCAUCGACUAGACUGUCGGGCAGAUUCCAGCAAUUUAAGUUUGUUUCUUACCACCAAAUGGGGAAAUAAUCCUCACUUAUUGUCUGAGGAAACUGUGACAAGGCUCCUUGUGGUUUCUCCAAGGACCAACCCACUGUGGAGCAAGCAUUUCUAGUGCAGACUUUUGACUGACUAAACUGCACUUGCUUUAGCUGGGUUGGGUGGGGUGGGGGGGGAUGAUUGGGGGAAAGCUGGGUGGACUCAGAAUCAGUUUUAUUGCUGCCAGCUCUCCAACAUUCUGCAGCCAUUAGCAAUUUUAUUUACAUAUGGUCUCUGUGCAGAGACCUCUGUGGUAAAGUCACUGGUGGAGUGGCAUCUGAUGUGGAAGUGCACAGGAGCAGGUUACACUCUAAGCAUUGAUUAGCAAUAAUUUGUUUUAUAAGGUGUGUGGAGAUGGACCUCAUUGUAGCUCCCAGAUUCAAAACACAGUGCAUUAUUUGAGUUCAAACCUUCAUUGUCUGAUUGCACGCUUUGUGCAGUGUUGGGCUACUGUGGCCACAUCUUCUGGGAAAUUAGGAAGCCAAUAAAAAAUGGAGGUGGGUUAAAGAUGAUGGCUUCUGCCAGGAUGUGAGAGCUGAACAAACUGAGCUUUGAGAGGGAAAGUGUUAUGGAGACUGCUCCUACAGAUGAAUUGACUGUUUGCACAUUGAUUUAUAGACUUAUUUAAAUGGUGUUAAAACUUUGCUACCAAGAAAAUAAAUUGGGCUUAUUCCUGACACGUGGGGGGGGGGGUGGUAGGAAUUUAUUCACUGUUGCAAGUACAUGCUGGUUUUGUCAGUUGUAAAUAAGGUAUGCAGGACUAGUGAGUUGGUGUUCUUUCAUUGCCUCUGACUAACAAUGGCAACUUGGGUCCACUGAGAGUAAACAUUUCUGCUCCUUUGUUCACUGUCUCCCCCUGUUCUGAAGAAUGAUACUUCAUUUCCUAAAGCUGGGAUGGAUAUGAUGUCCUGCCCUGCUAGGGGAGGAGUAAGGUCAGGGACUAUUCCAAUGUAUAUAACCUCAGUAUAGGAGAUCAAGUGCUGUCUCUGACUUUCAGAUGUUGUGCACCUACAGUGAAGGCAGUGACUGAGACUGCAGAGUCACAAUAGUGGAAGACUGGAAACACAACUCCCUUUUCUGGUUCUAAUUGGUCGUGAGUUGAAAGGGCUGAAGUUGAUGGGUGGUAGCAGCAUCAAAAGAUGGGCAAGAGGAUAUGAGGGAAAAGAACAGAGGUCCAGCAGAUACUCAAACUAUCUUUUACUUCAAUUACAAGUUGAGCAACUGGUGCUGCCCAUGAAGUGUGCAGGGUACUGGGUGUCCACACUGUUACAUCUCUGGUUGCUUUGUGUUUAAGCCUUUGUUUCAUCCAGUUUGAGCCUGCUGUGCGUGCUGUGUCAGUGCCUUUCUGAUUUGCUUUCCUCAGUCAGUUUUACUGCCACUUGAUUAAAUGGGACCUGGGGUUCAAGCCCAUUCCACCAGCACUCCAAUGCAAUACACUCAGGGUUGUCAGAGAAGCCAUCUUACUGUUGUAGUUGUUGAGGAUCUGUUAACCAAGGAUCGGAUGCUUGGCGUCUUUGUUUUGCCCUGACAUUUAAAGUUGGACUGUGUUCUCUCAAUGUUUGCUCUUACUGAUCUGAGAUGAAAAGAAAUACUACUGUUUAUCAUGUUCCUGUUGUUGGACUAACAUUUUCAAGCUACAUUCUAUAUGUCCAUUAAAACCACCUUCAUGGCAUGCUCUGGGAUAUGGAGCUGGCAUAACAAAUGCUCUAUCAAGUCUUGAGAGGUAGCUCACCCCAAAGGCAAGAUGAACAGGCCUUUGAUCUUGUUCCCUUUGCCUCUGUUCUUGAUGGACACUGUAAGGGCUACAGAAUGUAAUCCUCUGUCUGUCUGACGGUAUAAUUUGGGCUUUAAUUUUUCAUGGUGAAUUUGCAGUGGGUCGUGAAAUCAUGAGUAAACUAUGCCAUGGUUAUGAGCAAUGUUUGGAGGAUGCCUUAAUGGAAAGACAUUUUGAAUUGCCUCAACUGUAUGUGAUCUGUCACCAUUAUUCCAUAUGCACCUUAUCAAUGUGAUAAAACUAGGGGCUGAAGAGCCUUUAGUUGGUAGGAUUACUGAGAACCCAUGGGAAAAGGGGAGACCCCAUCUGCUGCCAUAUAACUAUCUAAUGUUAGUCAGGUGCCUGCUCAGCAUGUCUUGUACGCCAGUGUGCUGUUGCUCUAAAGCUGCAUGUGUUUGUACCCUUCAAAUGCCUUAUCUUUUGUAUAAAAAUGUGAAAUCACCUUUAUUGCUGUGAACAUUUGAGGAGCAAUACAUCUAAUUCCUGAUGAGUUCUGUUCCUGUAUUUAUAAUUCUUUUGGAAGAGCUUGAGUCAGGCCCCUUGUGUGCAUUAUUUUUGGUGCUGUUUCUGACUUGAAGCAGGUCUGGGCCACUGCAACCCUGCAUGGUGGGAUUGUGGUGCCCUGCACUGCAUGUGGUUUGAUCUUCUACAUACAACGCCUAUACUACAUGCUCUUUUGUCAGGACAUUGGACCAUUGGGAGAGGGCUGUCCUGUCUUAUUGCCUCAUUUGAAAGGACCAGAGAACCAAGGUUCAGUGCUGUAAUUAUCCUCUGUGGGGAUAGUUUUCAGUGUCUUCACCAUUUUCUGUCUCUGGGAUUUUUAUACUGUAUUAAAAUGCAUGUCUGUAUCUAGGUAGUUGAAUCCACAGUAAAACCAGUUACUGAUACAAUCCACAGCAUCUUAAAAUUUUAAGAGGGCCAAACAUUGGCACAGGUGAAUGUGACUGGCAUCCAGUUAUCAAUUCCGUGAUUUUUUAAAAUUUCUAUUUGCAGUUCUUUCCAUGGAGAACUUCCUCACCUUUGAUACAACUGUGUUCUCCAUUGGCCAUUUCCCCAAUCAUGGGAAUGUAUUUUAAGAACAUCUGAAAUCUGAGCAGGAUUAUGCCUUAUGGCUCCUCAAGUCUACUCAGCCAUUCAAUAAGAUCAUGGAUAAUCCUAGACAACUUCACCCUACUCUUUUUAUUUUUAUUCACUAUUCCUCUAGUGUCAUGUCCAAAAUUCAUCCAUCAAUAUAAAUAUUCCACAGGUUAAAGAAUCAUAAAGCUUCAACCCUCUGGAUGCAGAUCUUUUCCCUUAUUUCAACCCUGAAAUGGCAGACCCUUUAUUCUAGGACUAGGGCCCUAGUUCCAGACUCUUGACUAGACGAAGUGGUCUCUCUGCAUCCACCCUCUCAAUCCAUGUCACUUGAAUGUUUCUAAAUUCCAGUGAGUAUAGCGUAGUUUCUCCUGAUAGGAAGUGUUCCUGAUCAGUCCUUUGAAUAUAGGUUGCUGUCUCCUUCCUUUGCUACACUGGGGUGGUUUUACCAAAACUUUGUAGAAUUGCAGAAAGACUGACUUAUUCUUGUACUCUUCCCAUGAAAACCAAAAGUACCAUUUGCCUCCCUAUAGCAUGUUAUACCUGAAUAUCUUGUGUAGCACAUCUGGUCUCUCAAUACUAUUGUAUAAACCUGAUAAAUCAGUGAAACUUGUUCAGCCACCCAGGUCAAUAACCUCACUUCUCCACACUGACUUUUCUUUAUUUAGCACCAAUUAUGACCCUUUCAGAGCUUCCAAUUAUGACCCUUUCAGAGCUUCCCAAGGCACAUUAUAGUUACUGAAACAUUUUGCUUUUGAAAAUAUUCACUGUUGUAAUGUAGGAUUUGGAGAAUGCAGGUUCCAUCGUCUCAGUAUUAAUUUAAUCUGACUUCUACAAACUCUUGCCUCCUCGUGGGUCCCUUUCCUACCCAGCCUAAUGCAGUCAAUACAUUUAGAUAGAUGCAUUGUUUUUCAUCCAAAUCACUAAUAUAGAUUGUAACUAGCUGAACGUAUGACAUCCAUCCUUGUCACUCCAGGACUAACAGCAUUCAAACUGAAAAAGACCUUUUAAAUAGCCCAAUACAUUACCUAAUCUGAGCAUUUCAUUUACCAGCCCUUUAGUGUGGUACCUUGUCAAAUGCCUUAUGAAAAUCCAGAUGUAUGCCACUAGCUUGCCUUUCUCUGCCCAGCUAGUUGCAUCCACAGAUCCUCUUCCAUGAGGGUAUACAGUAAGAUGCUGAUGAUUCAGAAUUCGAGUACUCUGAAAUUCUGAUGGUUCAGUGUCCAGUUUGCCAGAUAAUUUUGCCACACUCCCAUUCAACUCGCUAGGGCCCCAUUUGUCAUGCUCUCUGCAAAAUAACCAGGGUAACUUUUCCCAUGCCCCUUUAAACUUACUGGAUUCACUGGGAAAUUUAUUACAAUACAAUAUAACAUAAAUUAAAAAUAUGAUAUUAAUUUUAAUAACAUCCAAUAGUCUAGAAAAUCUACUAGUCCAACACCACCACAAAUCCUGAGUGUGCCAGAUUACCGGAGUUUCACUGUACUGCCUCUGCUUAGUUGCAUUCUCCCCAGUCUCCACUACUGUAUUUUAAACAGGGCUUCAUUCUGCUUCAUCCUUGCUAUUUCCAUGACUGAACUGAGAUAAGUUUGCAAAUUUGGGUCAACUGUCAGCAGGUGGUGCAGAUCAUUUUUAAAAAAAUAUAUAACUGCCCUUGAUUUAUAAAAAUAUUUGCCAACUGAUCUUGAUGACUGUGAUCAGCACUGCUAACUGUAACUUGGGUUGUUGCUCUGCACUGUGGUUUUACUGUGUUCAACAGCCUGUGCUUAAGGUGCAGAGUUUUCUGUCUGAAAAUUAAAUUUCUUUUAAUACAAAAUGUAAUGUGAAUUAAAUACUUUUAGAAUUUAUGGAUUGGAAAUGUUCCAAAAACUCUGCUUUCUCGUUACAAUUAUAUCAUGCUGUUAAACUAUAUCACAAUUUCAAUAUCAAGACUUUUUGUACUUAAGUAAAUUCCCUUAUUUUUAGUGAUUUUUUUUUCAGAAUAAACAAUAACUUGAAUUUCA